AUGAUUUCGAAUUCAUCACUAGCCGCUCGGCGAAGGGUAGUUCCUGCUGGCGUGGACACGACAAAUCACGAGUGGUUCUAUCCUAAAAAGACCGUCGAAAAACAGCGCCCUAACUCGGGGGCAACCUUAUUUGAUGACACGGAUUCUGAGGGUGGUGGCUGGGGCGAAUCCCACCGACAGAGUAUGCAAUCACUCAGUUACGGGAGCAACACUACUCUUUCGAGCCCUGAGCUACCAACUCCAGAUCUCGUUCCAAGAACCCUGCCUACCUUUCGAUCAAGCAAGGAACUGAUUGCUGGCCCUUCAGGCCCUGACUUGUUCAGAGAAUCCAGAGGUUCUAGAGGUUCGACUGUAGAUGUUGAGUUCUAUCUUGCACCGUCACCUACACUCGAUUUUGCGCCAUCACUUACGCAGCCUGGGUUCGUCAACCCGCAUCAGGCUGAGUUCGUCAACCAGUAUCAGGCUGAGUUCACCAACCCGUAUUUGUUGUCUCCUAAGACACCAAAGGCUUUUCCACCCAACCCUGAUGUGUCUCAUCUUUCGGAGGAGGAGAUUAGAAACUGGGAUCCCAGUCAGGUUGCUCACUGGCUAUUUAUCGGGGGAUACGCUGAGGAUGUCCGUGAUACAUUCAUCAAAAAUGAUAUUUCAGGCGACAUUUUGAUGGCCUUAACAGAGGAUGAACUCAAGGAUCAACUCCUAAUCCAAUCUAUGGGCAAACGUCGCAAGAUCUCCAACUCGAUUAAAUACCUCAAGCAACACAUGCAGACGAGACCGAUUCCGGAGACCCCGUCUCAGUUUCCAUCCGAGGCGGCGUCUUCUAAUGGGAGAACAUCUCCCGAAUCGUUCGCCCGCCAGGAAUUUGUCCCCCAAGAGUUGGCCCCUAGAGGAUCUCCUCCUACAGGCCAAUCCUACACAGUGGCUAUAUCGCCUGACGGUCAAGUUAUCUCUUCGUAUGCUUUUGGGAAGACUGGGAAUCAAACUUCAACCGCAGAGUCUGUUUCAAUUGUAGGAAUCGAGGAAUUCCAUCCAAAGCCACACAGGUGUUCCAAAGGGAAAAAUUGCAGCAAGUAUAAGAGGCUCCAGCAGAACCAACAAAGGCGCCUGGAGAAGCUUGCUGCAGAAUACCCUGACGCAGAUUUCCAGGGGGCCGAUUUCCAGCGGGGUGCCAUCUUUGUAGGUAGUCCCGGAAAUCCUGACACCGCAAGAAAUCUUCUCCGACCCAUGUCUGAGGCCGAGCUAUCAGUGGUGGCUUCCUCAGACAUCUUUGGCCCUCGGUCCGGACCAAGACUCUCCGAGGCAGCCCUGAACGAAGUAGGGCGCUUGGAUCCGCAGGAAACAAUCCGGAACUUCCUCAGACACCAGCAUGUCGAUGACUUCCCCCAGCCUGGACCCCUUGGGCUGGACACUUACAACCUUCCACCGCCAGAUGGCUUUGAUGACAUAUCUCCGAUAAAUGCCCAGUCAAACUCCAUGGCCGCAAAUCUGCGCAAUCUUCCGAAGCUUACGAUCCCGACAAGUCCUGUCACGGAAGAUAUGACAACCGCUGUUACCACCAACAGAUACUUCACCCCCACUCAUCAGAAUGGCUCUCCCACUGCUGUUCAGCAAUUUGGUCCAUUCAGUCACGCCCAUCAAACACAAGCCAUUGAGACUUACCGCCAAGGUACACCAUUCUCCGAAGUUGAUGUCCCUAUCACUGCAAUCCCCAGUGAUCCGAUCUCCCGUGAUGUGUCUCAAUCUGUACCCCCAGGCAUGCAAUAUGGAACCUUAUUCCCUCCAUACCGUGGUGGAAAUUCCCUUGCACAGAGCACCUCAACCCGUCCCAGUAAUGAUCUUCCUCUCCGUGAUACCAAUUACCCUCCACGGAGCGCCUCGACCCGUCCCAGUAAUGAUCUUCCUCUCCGUGAUGCCAAUUACCUUGCACGGAGCACCUCUACCGGUUCUCGUGAUGUUCUCCCCCUCCGUCAGGUGAAAGAGGACAAGCCUCUGACCCCGAUAGAUGUUCCAGAAGACCUGAUUCGAAGCCCCCGCGUGAACCAACAUGGUAACGGCAGCUCAUUGUCUUCUCUGGCAUCUGAUCCGGACGUUACCCAUGCAGGAUACAUGAAGAAGCGCAAGACCACACGUCUGCUCAGACACGAGUGGUCCGAUGCGCACUUCACGCUCCGCGGCACCAACCUGGCUAUGCACAAGGACGAGCGCGAUGCGCACCGGAUCUCUCGUGCCCUCGACAACAUCGAGGUCGACGAAUAUGCUGUCGCUUGCUCGUCGCUGGCAACAAGCUCUAAGUUGACGGCCGCGUUCAAGCGCUCGAUCCUGCGUAACGGAAACAAUACCAUUGACUGCCGUGAUGGUACUGCUUUUGCUUUCUCACUUAUUCCAGCUACAAGGGAGAAUGAGAGAAAGGCCCUCUUUGGAAACAACGCUGUCAAGAGCCACCACUUCGCUGUCAAGUCUCGUGAGGAUCGCAUCGACUGGAUGCGUGAGCUUAUGCUUGCCAAGGCUCUGAAGAAGGGUAGGGACGGUGGCGAUGACAUGCUUGUCAAUGGAAAUGUGAUUUGA